GGCUGGCUACAUCUCAAAGAACAGAUGCCCCUGGGGCCAUCCUGAAGAUUGAUCUUGGAACAAUAGAUCGUGCUGUCUCCGAUGCAAUGACUGAGAGCGACAUUCUUCAGAAACUGGCAGCAGCUGCAACUAAAAAGCAGCCAGAUGUCAAACCCAUCAAGGGCAUUUCAGGGGUCAAAGUUAAAGAUUUUCAGCCCCCUGAGAUAACACUGACAUUCUUACCAGGGACUGGGCUCUUCAUGGCUGUAUUAAUUCGCAUAACCAUCGUUGGGAAGAGCUUUAUAGGUGGAAAUAUAGAAAUCACAGUGGUUGCGAACAUGACCGCCAAGAACAAACUGUCGCAGGAUGACUCGGGUUGCCCCAAAUUCAGCGUUGGCGACUGCCAGAUUUCUCUCGUUAGUGUUAAAACCAAUCUCCCCAGCAGCAUGCUGCCCAAACUUGUGAACAAGUUCCUGGAUACCACCCUUCAAAAAGUCCUGCCAGACAUGCUGUGCCCAGCAGUGGAUGCUGUGCUUACCCUUGUGAACCAAAAGUUCACCACCCUGGUUUCCCUGAGCUCAGUCGGCGCCGCUGGAAGCAUCUGCUAUGCUUUGCUGAGCCCACCGGUGACGAGUGAAGAUUUCAUAGAACUGGAUUUAAAUACCACGGUCCUGCAAGAGGGUGGAGAUCUCAUUGACCUUCCCGCUGACCCCCCAGCUCUUACCUCCCUGCCGCCGAAAAGGGACUCCGCUACCCAGCUGGCCCUGUCAGUGAAUUUCCUGAGUGCCGAGCUCACUCUCAUACAAACAUCCCUCAACCUUGAUGUCACGGAGACCAUAAUUCUUGGGCUUCCUCCAUUAACGACGACAACACUUGGCGCCUUGAUCCCCAUGCUCUCUGAGUCGUUGCCUCCGUCUCAGCCGAUGGUUAUUGAAAUCCGAAUAACUAAACCGCCCGUGCUCACCAUGCGGCAGGACAAAGGCCUCGUGCAUCUCUUCGGCACCGCGGAGUUCCUCACUUCGCAGCCCAGCGCUGCUCGGGAAUCCCUCUUUGUCCUGGACAUUCAUAUCAAUUUGGAUACCCAAUUCUCUAUUCACGAAGAGAAGCUGCGGAUCUCCUUAGGUCUGGACAGCUUGUAUGAAAUGGCCUUGGCAGCUUCGUCCAUUGGCACGUUCGCUGUGAGUUCAGUGGCGUGUGUGAUACUCGGCACAAGCAAAUGCUGAAGAAUAAUUGUAUCUAUGAAUCGGAGUGUUGACGUGUUGGUCAAAAAUGUCUA